AUGUAUGACGUGGCGAUUCCUAGAGCUGGUCGCAACACGCGCCAAAGACAAGCUUGUGUGCACGAUUCCUCGGCGGGAUGGUGCUGUGUCGCGAGGAAUGAAUGCGUGUUGAUAGUGCAGGUUGUUGCACUCGUUUCGUCGCCGUUGGCGAUGCUAGCCUCCAGAUGGACGGGUGUUGCCACCACCACGUGGAGUAGUGUUCGCUGGAUUUUCAAGCUCACAUCGAGUAAGGACCUCAGAGGUACUGCCAAGACCGGCAUCGUCUCAAGUCCGAGCCCACGAACGACCAACAAUCGCGCGAAGUUCAAGCUUGAAGCGGCCGAAGCCAUCCAUCCGCUUGUUUUACUCGAACCACGUCGGUACAACGUGUAA